CUGAUGAGGGGCCACCUUCUCCUCUUCUAUCUGGGUAGAAAACAGAGGAACAACCUCACUUCUUUUACGCAGAGCCUCUCUGCUUCUACACAUUUCUCUCUGGAAACUCUUUUACUCUUUUUCCACUUCUUGCCUUCAGUCGGACCCGCUUUCCCUCCUCCUCUUCCUCACCUUUGAGUUGCAGCAGGUAAUUGUGCAAGCAAGUUUUCAGCACCACGGUUGGAGUGGACAGCGCCACGGCGGACGCAAGCAUGGAGCCAUACACGGUGCCCGGAGCUCAGCUCUCCCUGUCCGACCUUUACUCCGUCAUCCCCUUCAAUGUCACCUUCCCGGACGAGGAGAGCGGCUUCAUGGGCGACAGGCUGCAGAACUACACCGAGCAGCAGGGUCCGGUGAGGAGUGCCGCGGGGAUAAUCAUUGCCAUAUCCAUCACUGCUCUGUACUCCGUCAUCUGCGUGGUGGGACUCCUGGGGAACAUCCUCGUCAUGUACGGGGUGGUCAGAUACACCAAGAUGAAGACGGCCACAAACAUCUACAUCUUCAACUUGGCUCUCGCCGACGCCUUGGCUACCAGCACGUUGCCCUUUCAGAGCGCCAAAUACCUCAUGAAUACCUGGCCGUUUGGAGAAGUCCUUUGCAAGCUCAUUAUUGCCAUCGACUACUACAACAUGUUCACAAGCAUCUUCACCCUUACCAUGAUGAGCGUGGACCGCUACAUCGCCGUGUGCCACCCAGUCAGGGCGCUGGAAUUUCGGACACCGGUCAAGGCUAAGCUGAUCAAUGUGCUCAUCUGGGUCCUGUCCUCUGCGAUUGGUGUGCCCAUUAUGGUCAUGGCUGUGACCAAAGAUACAGAUACUGGUAAAACCAUGUGCACCCUGAAGUUCCCUGACCCUGACUGGUACUGGGACACUGUGACAAAGAUCUGUGUCUUCAUCUUUGCUUUCGUGGUUCCUGUGAUGGUCAUCACCAUAUGUUAUGGCCUGAUGAUCCUGCGUCUUCGGAGCGUUCGCCUGCUCUCAGGCUCCAAGGAGAAAGAUCGUAACAUGCGCAGAAUCACCCGCAUGGUCCUGGUGGUGGUUGCUGCCUUCAUCAUCUGCUGGACCCCCAUCCACAUCUUCAUCAUUGUGAAGACUAUGGUGGAGAUUGACAGCAGGAACCCCUUUGUGAUAGCGAGCUGGCAUCUGUGCAUCGCCUUGGGCUACACCAACAGCAGCCUCAAUCCUGUCCUCUAUGCAUUUUUGGAUGAAAAUUUUAAGCGGUGCUUCAGGGAUUUUUGCCUUCCCUGUCGGACCCGCGUGGAGCAGCACAGUCUGACCAGAGGACGCAACACCACCAGGGAGCCAGUGUCUGUCUGCGCUCCAACAGAGGCAGGGAAAAAGCCAGCAUGACUAGGCAUGGACUGGGUCCCCCACAGCUCUCGCUCAAGGCGGAUCCAGCAAGAUCUGCAAUCGGAGGUUACUCAGAUCUCCACAACAGAGUUUUAAGAGAUCUUAGCGAAAAAAAUCUCAGUAAACUGAGUCGUGCCACUUAUUCUCUCCAAUUUGGCUGACUGGACAUUCAAAGGAAAAGCUAAAGUUAAUGGAAAAUGAGUUUCACUCUGAUCUUACUUUUCUAUUAAAGUUCUGAUAACAAAGUGGAAUCUUUUGUCUUUUCUCAAAUGUGACGCUUUACAAAGGCAGUGACAGCAGAUGGGGUGAUAGCCCAAAGAGUAUAUCCAAAUGUUAAAGCAAGAUUAUGAAACAGAACAUCCCCAGUCCAUGAUUUGCCGGACCGAAAGGGAUCAGAGCGCAAGAGUACAAGAUUUUUUGAUGAUGCAAAAAUGGGAAUGGGAAAUAAAGAAACACCUUCAGGUUUUCAUCUUAUGAAGGGGUGCAUCGCUCAGACACCAUCCAUCAGAGUGCAGUGUAAUAAAACAGACUGAAAGGGUGAAUGUUCUGCAACAAAGGACAGGAGUGUGACACAUUGGGCUUUUCGACUCAAACUUCGUCAUUUCUUCUGUGGAACACCUGCCAAUAUAUAUGGAAACAAAAGAUUUUGGUGAUAAAGGAGUAUUUGAGGGUGACAAAUUAACAUCACAGAGAAAACCUUUCCAUUUUUAUCUUCAACAUCAUCGCAAAACAAAUGAGCCUUACAGAGCAGAACCACACGACUGAUACCCACCGACAGCUGGAUGAUGAAUUAUAACAUAGUUUGUUGCACAACAAGGUCAACCACUCUCUACACAGAGAAGUAGGAGAAUCUUGUUUGGUAUUCUGUGUGAUUUUUGUUUUUGUUUUUACAGCAAAAGUAGACACUUGAUCUUCUUCUUUCCUCUUUAGACUCUGACAUCAUCAACUGUGUUGGAAGAAAAACUGGGGCUUAGUGUCCCGUGGAUUUGAAAAUGUCAUGAAAUACAUGAAAUCAUAAUCAAGCCUACAGUCGUUUCAGGGGUUUUGUGCUCAGAUGGAAAAAUCCAGAACGGCAUCAAACCACUGAAGCUUGGAUUCCACUGACGUUUUUUUUUCUGCUCACCUACUUGACUUUCAUGAGUGGUGUCAAGCUUGCAGAAAGCCUCUGAGCAGAAUCACUAAAGAAAGACAAACCUGCCACUGAAGAACAUUGUUGGCAGCCACAACACUCCAUAUGGCUUCAGUGUUUUAAAUUAAUGUAGAGUCGAUGAACUCCCUGAAACUCGAACUGGGAGCAUCUUCAUCACAGGGUACAUAGAGACGCCUGAUGUCGACAAACAAGCUGCUCCAAGGAGAUUAUUGAUCUGCAUUUUAAAUGAACAUAAAGCCUGUCAUCUGCCACAUGGAAAAUCUGUUUGUCCCAUUUGGGACAUAUUGAGUGGCAAUUUCUUCUGAGUGAUUUAUUUGCUCCAGCAGAUCUUGUCACCAGUCAAAUUAGAGAUGUCAAUCAAUGGAUGGUGUGAGGUUAAUGAUCACUUCAACUCUGCAUACCGAAUGAGGCUUGUCAAAGGUAAUCAUGCAGAGUUUAUCAGAAUAGGCUCUCAUGUGGAAAUAUACUGAAGGCUAAAUAUGUGUUGACAUGUAAACAUGUCAAAGUAUGCCAUGUUUAAUGAAUGUUGAAAUGUUUAGUCACUGUGGUAAACAGGGAACAGAUAAAACACAUCCAAACUGAAUAUAAUUUAAAUAAGAUGGUUUGAGUUGAGAAAUGAAAGUAAAAAUGUCAAUUAAUGUGUAUUUGUAGAUAAUAUAAAGCUUUCGCAUUUUGUCUUCACCCACAGUUGAAAUGACUUUGAGGCGUGCCUGUGAUUCUGUAUGCUUUCUUUUCAUGUUUUGAAUCUUAAUAUUUCGCCACAGUGCUUGUGACUCAUGAGACUCAAAUGAAAAAGGGAAGAAAUAAUAUUGGAAACGGCUCUCUGCCAUGUUUACAGAUUCAGCAAUUUGGCAAAAUAUUGAGUAUUCAGUGUGAAGUGGAGGUUGACAUUUUUGAGACACAUAUAUUCCCGCAUAUUUUCUUACAAUUGCAGUGGUGAAUUAAUAUGUACUGUAUAUACCUGCUUUGCUUUGACCAAGUGCUGCAUUUGUCGGGUGUGUAGGAUAUCUCUCAGUCACCAUUACUUGCUUAUUCAAAUUAUAUAGGGCUACAGUGACAGAAAUGUAUAGAAUUAGUUUUCCAAAAAAGAAUAACGAGGAUGUACAAGUUAUUGUGUUUUGACAAAUAAAGAAAAACAAAUGACUUCUAAUAAAUUCAUGGAUUUAAAAAAAAAUGUAAUGUGCAUUCAGGGUAUGAUCAAAGUGUGUGGGUGUGUGUGCAUGAUUUUCACUUUAUUAUCACACUGGGAUGAUUACUUAAACAAUGUUUCCCUAUGUCAUGUUUCAUCUCAAUGUAUGAAAUCCAGCUGAUGUUUUGAAUUCAAAUUGUUUCAGUUGUUGGAUUUUGACAUUAAACAUGUUGCCAUUGCUGUAAUUGUCUCUGCAUGGUCGAGUCCAAAAGAAACAAUCAGUAAUAUUUUAAGACAUCACUACACAAAGUGACAAUUACAGGGUAUUGGGGGCAUCGAAGUGUUACCGAUCAAUGUCGGUCAAUAAACGUGGCCCCAAGGGUGAUGGAGACGACAAGCUUUACCAACCAGCAUUGCCCUCUGACCUUUCGUAUCAUAAAAUAUGGAAGAACAAACAUUAACAAGCUGUAAUAUUUCCAAUAUCAUUGCCAAAAACAGGUUCUCUCUGGCAGCUCCAUUACUGACAAAUUGUAAUGCCCCUCUGCGUCUUAAAGUGAUGCACAAGCCACACAAAUGCAUUUCAACACGUAGGUUAAGUUGUGAAACAGACAUUUGGUUUAGGCAACAAAAGUACUUGGUUAGAAUUUAAAAAGAGAUCUUACAUUUGGAUUAAAAAAAAUAAUUGGGCAUCCCUGUAGCUCACAGUAUAGAGUGUAUACGAUCAAGGCUGAGUAUUUACUGCAGCGGCCCAGAGUCCAGCCCCUUUGCUGCAUGUCUCUCUCUCCUUUCAUAUCUCUCUGUCACUAUAAAUAAAAGCAUGAAAAAUUCCCAAAAGUCUUUAGAAAUUAGUAUGUUUGUUACAAAAUGUAACAUGAUGUAAAUAUGAUGUCAGUAUGUAAACUGCAUGACAUUACGUUACGUAAACAACACUGACUUUUUGGUUUCAUAUGGGACAUAGUACACGAUGCAUCCUCAAACAGUGGUUGGUACGAUAGCCUACAAAAAUGCACACACGACAGUUGGUGUGAUAUCCUACGAAUUAGCCCUACAAAUGAUGUUACCUAAACAACAUAAAUUUUCAUACGUAGCGCAAAGUUAUGGACAUUAAAUGUAGACAAGUAAAGCUACUGCGGUCAGGUUGACCCUAGAAUGACUCAAAGUUCACCCAGAGUCUACACGCUUCCAAACACCGGUCUCUCGGGGUAAGUCUUGUGUUUUGUGACCCAACCGUCACGCCAACCUACCUCCUUACAUGUACGAAUUUUGCUGCAUUACUUUUCCCCAGGAAAUUAUAUGAA